GUUCUUUAUCAAUAUUACAUGAAAACUGUUUAAUUUAGUCUAACCUAUAACGCUAGCUAGCUAUUACGAUGCAGGAAUGUUGAAAUUAAAUAAAAACAACCGUUAACGUGAAUUUAGCUAACGUUACUUGCAUCAGAAGCUAGCAGUUAAACGUUAGCGCAGAGCUAGCUAGCUAACGUUAACGUUAUUAACCUGAAACGAUCUUUUUUUGUCAAUAGUUUGUGCUAAUUUGGUUAGACUUAACAUUAAGCUGUUUUGAAAUAUGCAGCCAUGUGUUUUAAUAAUAAUGUUAGAGAAGCUACCUUAAUGUGGGAAGCGCUAGAGGACCCUUUUGCCCUGAUUUUAGCCAGUCAACUCGGAAAAUCUCUAGUUGAGAUUUUGAAGGCGGUAUAUGUGCAGUUUAGUGUCCCAAAUUCCCCAUACAAUGUCCUUAAUUAAUUAUGAACCUGCUAAACCACCUGUGCUACCCUAACCCUAACCUUAACCUGUCUCAAAAAAGACCCUCAUCAUUUGGGACACUCAACUGCACGUAAGCCUUUGAAGGCAGUCCAUUUCUCUGUUUUAUGAGAAUCGGGUCACUAUAUAGAGAGAAUGUAGAGAAACAGUACAACUAGUUCUUUGCCGACCACAAAUAAGUUUAAAUUGUUUCUGCAGCUUGUACAGAGCCAGCAGCACCAGAUGCCACAAGCAAUCUCAGACAUUUCAUCACCACAGCAUGCUUCAUAAACAAUUAACGUUAUAAUUUCAACAGGAGGACCAGAUGUGUUUUUUUCUGGCUGUCUUGUUUUUGAGAAAUCCCACUGAUAAACUGAUAUGAUUUGGAAAACAAAGCAGGGAGGAAACUAUACAGCUAUAGACAACUAGUGCAAUCAAUGACUGUUUGUUUUGUACAAAAAAACAUUUUCUUCAUUGAUUCUGAGUAGACUUGAGAGAAAUGGAGAAAGGAACGAUCCAGGUCAAAGUGCCAGGCAGUAACAGCCGGUCUACAGAGCGCAGAAAAAAGGAGCUGCGUACUUUAUUGGCUAUGUGUGUCGAAGACGAGACUGAACCCAAAAAUAACUUGGCUCUCCCUAAACAAAAGCAAGACAGUCCUGACCAGAAUAUGUCGCUGAUGAAAGAAGAGAUGAAGAGAGACAGGCAAUGUGACAUUGAACGGAAGAGAGCACAGCUGGAGGCAUCUCUGAUGAAGAGCAGGAAAGAAAUUAAGAAGCUGAAGAAGACCAUUAUCACAAAGACGGCACAUAUGAAACAGCUUGAGCAGAGCCUUGGGAUAGAGAACAAAAUCUCUGAACAGUGCCUCAGGAGGAUUGAGAAGAAAGCUGAGGAUGCCAGAACACUUUUUGAAAAAGAGAACCAGAAGAGAAAAGAGGCAAAUUCUACAACUGCGAAGUUAACUGAAGACAUAGGGACCUUAAAAAGUGAACUCGCCAAGAUUGAGGAUAUCCUGAAUAAAUAUAAGAGGUACAAGAACAUUUUGUUCAAGCUGUCGCCUCCGGAAUGGCAGCAGGGUUCAGGGUCCAGUCCGGGUCCAGUUGUGCCAUCCAGCAGGGAGCCCACGCUGUCCUCUGCCCGCGACGACACUCUCUCAAAAUCCCUCACAGUGUCUGUCCUGCAGGAGAAGCUGGAGCUGUACUUCUCCGAUCCCCAGCAGCUUCUGGAUCUGAUGGCCGAGUUGACGGAACAGAACCUGUGCCUGAUUCCGCACUCUACCCGGGUGGACGAGACACUGCAGGAGCUCAAGCAGACCAUCGAUGCAACCUGGAAGAAAAUGAAAAAGGAUGACGAGAGGUUAACGUUGCAGGUGAAUGACAUGGAGGAGAGAAUCAGAAACGAAAUGGAGAGAGCUACUUUGCUCAAAAAGAAGGUUCAGCUCCAUGACUCCCUGAAAACACAGGACCAGGACAUUUUGUUGGAUGCUCUGGGUGCCAAGGUGACAGAAGUGCACUGCCGCUGCGUGGACAGCCGCCUGACCAACCUCAGCACCUUGGAGAAGCUGUCCAGCGUGGAGUACCGUAUGACCGUGGUGCUGGAGCUCAUCGAGAACAUCCCGGAGGAGGAGCUGGAGACACUGAGGAUGAUCAAAGACAACGAGAGGAAGUCUAGGCAACGUGAAGAGCAGCUGAGGCUGGAGAUGGAGAGAAAGAUAGAGAUGAUGAAGAAGUGCUUUAAAAAAUCCCAUGGCGAAAGCAAGAAAAUAACUGGAAGAAGGCUCAUGCCCAGGUGCAUCCCUCUGGGGCAGAAGGUCAAAGUCAGCGAUGAGGACAACGUUCCUAACGAGGAGGAGCUCCAUGCCUUCCUCUUCACCGCUGAGGACUCUUGAAGUGGAUGAAAAUUCACCAGUUUUCCAGAAAUAAUCGGAUUGGCCACAGCCAGCGCAACCUCAUUGUCUGGCUUGUUUCUUUUUUGUUGGUACUCUUAUGCUGGGACUUUUAUUUCUGAAUGUGCAUUGAUUUGUAUGUAGCCUUCUUUCGAAGGUACAAUUUCAUUUUAAAGUGCUCAUAUUAUGCUUUUUGGCGUUUUCCCUUUGCUUUAUUGUCUUAUAUAUCUUUUUUGUGCACAUUAUAGGUUUACAAAGUGAAAAAGUCCCCCCCCAAAGGGACUUCCCAUCUCCAACAGAAAACACUGUUCACCAAC